AUGAAGCAAAACCAGCAGCUCAACCAGCACCACCAGCAGCUCAGCCAGCAGCACCACCAGCCACAGCAACAGCAACACCACCAGCCACAGCAACAGCAACACCACCAGCCACCGCAGACCGGAAUGCCUCCUCCUCUGAUGCCAUAUCCAACCCACAAUCCUUACCACCACAUUCUUCAGCAUCAAAAACAACAACUUCAGCGUUUCUGGAACCUUCAGAGGCAAGAAAUCGAACAAACUACCGACUUCAAAACCCACAAACUUCCCUUAGCCCGAAUCAAGAAGAUCAUGAAAGCUGAUGAAGAUGUUCGAAUGAUAUCGGCUGAAGCACCUGUUCUGUUCUCCAAAGCAUGUGAGAUGUUCAUCCUUGAUCAACUAACUUAUCGAUCUUGGCUGCAUGCAGAGGAAAACAAACGGCUUACUCUUCAGAAGAACGACAUUACUGCUGCGAUGACUCGCUCUGACAUCUUCGAUUUCCUUGUUGACAUUGUUCCACGUGAAGAGAACAGGGAUGGUGGUACUCAUGGGAUUGGAGGGAUUAUGAGUGUUGUUGGUAGCAGCAGCAGCGUUCCUUAUGACUACCCUCAUAUGGGUCAAGACCAGCAGCCGCAAACUAGUGUUAUGAUGGGACGUUCUUCAAUGCCCACAAUGCAGACCCUACCCCCAUUGCCCCCAAUGCAGACAAUGCCAACAAUGCCGACCAUGCCUAUGGUCGAUCCGGGGAUGUAUGCUCAGCCGCCGUCCCAGGCAUGGCAGUCGGUUUGGCAGACAGGGGUCGAUGAUGGCCCGUAUGGAGAUUGUGGGAAUAUGGGACCGGAUCUCGAUGAUGGUCAUGGACAUGGACAUGCGUAUGUUUUCUCUUUCUCUUUACUUUAAAUUUGGUCAUGAAAUUAUUAGAUCUUUAGAUAGUGUUUGUAGAUCUAU